AUGCUAUCUUAUUCAGUGACUAUACAGUUUAUUAUUUUUAUGUAUUUUUCUGUGUGAUAUGGCAAUAAAAAUUUCCCAGGUAUGCCCACCAGUACUACUCAUCUGACCAGUACCAGUCAGCCCGCCAACACCACUAAGUCUGUCACUCCAACGACUCAGCCCACCAAAACCAGCCAGACAUCCAGAUCUGCCAUAACUUCAUCAGUCACACCAUCACAACUCAAUAUUACGGUGGUGACCACUUCCAAGGUUUCUUUCACAUCUGUAACAGCCACAUCAAAAUCUGAGGCUGUCAUAGCGAAAACCUCCAGAUUUGAUGUGGGCAGUUUUGUAGGUGGCAUUGUGCUGACACUUGGAGUCCUAGUUAUUCUCUACAUUGGAUGCAAAGCCUAUCACUCUAGAAGAGGCAUUCAGUACAGAACCAUUGAUGAACAUGAUGCCAUCAUUUAAAGAGACUUCAGGGAAGACGGUGUUGGAAACCCAUCCAAUCACAGCUGUUAGAACUUACUUCUGAAAGAGUUCCUUUCAUAAUGAUGAUCAGUCUCUAAACCUGUCUUGGAUGUCAUCCUGCAAAAUGUUGAG